CAUUCUCUUUCUCUCUCUCUCUCUCUAACAUCUCUCUCUCUCUCAAUUCUUCUCUAAUGGCCACUAUUGAGGUUGAAUCAGCAGCUACACCUUUGCCGGAGGUGGUGAAGGCAGAGGCUGAGGAGUUUGCAGCACCCGCCAAGGCCGAGGACGAUGCUGAACCCAAGGCGGAGGAGGCUGCAGCACCCGCCAAGGCCGAGGACGAUGCCGAGCCUGAGGCUGAGCCUGAGGAGGCUGCAGCACCCGCCAAAGCUGAGGAUGAUGCCGAGCCUGAGGCUGAGCCUGAGGAGGCUGCAGCACCCGCCAAGGCUGAGGACGAUGCCGAGCCAGAGGCUGCAGCACCCGCCAAGGCCGAGGACGAUGCCGAGCCAGAGGCUGAGGCUGAGGAGGCUGCAGCACCCGCCAAGGCUGAGGAUGAUGCCGAACCCGAGGCUGAGGAGGCUGCAGUACCUGCCAAAGCUGAGGACGAUGCAGAACCCGAGGCUGAGGAGGCUGCAGCACCCGCCAAGGCCGAGGAUGAUGCCGAACCAAUGGCUGAGCCUGAGGAGGCUGCAGCACCUGCCAAGGCCGAGGACGAUGCCGAACCCGAGGCUGCAGCUCCGGCCAAGGCUGAGGACGAUGCCGAACCCGAGGCUGCAGCACCGGCCAAGGCCGAGGACGACGCCGAACCAGAGGCGGAGAAAGAGGUACCCUUUGAAGAAAAGGAAGCAGCAUAAUAGAGAUGAGAUGGAAAAGGCCAUUAUUGGGGAAUGUAUGAUCUCAGCUUUGUGCAUGGGUCAACUAGUUUAAUUUAUGUGCUGUUUUUUUUUUUUUUUUUUUUUUUUUUUUUUUUAAAAAAAAAAAAAANUUUUUUUUUUUUUUUUUUUUUUAUUUUGUUAAAAAAAAAAAAAAAAAUUUGAUUUUGUAUUGGUUUAUUUAGGUUUUGGAGUGGGGAAUAAUUGAAUUAUUAAGAAAGUUGAUGAUGUAUUAUGGAGUAAUUGAAUGAUUUGGCUUCUAUAUCAUUAAAUAUGAUAAAUAUUGGUG